AUGGAAAAUGAGAUCAAGAAAGGUAAGCAAAAGAUUGAGUUGAAGAUAAUUGAGUCUGAGAGAGCACGCGCUAUAAGCUUUUCCAAAAGGAAAAACACCUUGUUCCAAGAUGCAGAAAAGCUUGCAAAUAAGAGUGGAGAUGAAGUUGGCGUUAUGCUUUUUUCACCCGGUGGAAAACCAUUUUCUUGUAGUUCCACAAGUAUUGAAGAUAUAUUUGAUAAGUUUUUAAAAGAGAAACUAGAGGAUCACCAACGUGAUCAUGCUAAGGGCAAAUCAAUUCGAUUUGAGAAACUUGUAGAUCUUCGCAAAGAAUUGCAAACAAUUAACAAGAAAGAAAGAAGACGAAUAUUAAUGUAUAAGAUUACGCACCCUGGCUCAGAAAUACCUCCAGAUAAACACAUGGAGGAGAAGAGAGUGGCAAUGCUGUUGCGGAAGAAGAUGAGAGUUCUUGAACUCAUAAUUCACAUGGAAUUGUUAACUAAAGUUCUUGAUGCUAGAGCUAUACUUGUAAAAGACUUUAUCAGUGAUCGAGCUCAGUUGUUUGCUCUGUCACUGGAGGUUCUAUCCUUGUGCCAUUACAUCAAACGUAAACCAUCAAUGGAUAGAAGAGUGGAAGAGUUUGAUGCCAAUUUGAAUUGUCAGAUAAUAAUUAGAAUCAAGUUAUUGCGUGAAGGAAGAAAGAAAUAG